GAUAAGCUUGACGCGAGGCCUAGCAACAACAAAAUCCUUCCUCUUUCUUCUUUUCUUGAUGUUCUCCUAAUUUAAAUACUCUUAAGUCCGAGAGGAAGCCAACACACCAAAUAAAUAUGGAGAUCGGGACUGAGAUUAGCAAGAAAAUAAGGACAGCUAUCAAGGGAAAGCUGCAGGAGUUCGGCGCUUAUGUGGACGAGGAGCUUCCAGAUUACAUCAUGGUGAUGGUGGCCAAUAAGAAGAACCCGCAGCAGAUGGCAGACGACCUGUCCUUGUUUCUAGGCAACAAUACAAUCAAAUUCACCGUAUGGUUACAUGGUGUUUUGGAGAAGCUGAGAUCUGUUGCAGUUGAGCCUCCAUCUCUCGGUCCAUCCGUUGUUCACUCAGAGACCAGCAUCCCAGCAGAAAACAACAGGAGAGGAGCUGAGCCUCGCGCUCUCGCUGUUUCCAGCUCACGCUCUGAUAAAGCGGAGGGACGUGUUUCCAGCUCCGCUCAUGAGAACCGGGCCAGUAAGAGAGGCUCUUCUGAAAGACCCUCCAGAUUAACAUCCGCCGUCAAACCGCUGAUGGAGGCGUCGGCUGAAGCUGUGAUUGACAUCAAGCUAGAUGAUGACCUUAUUUCCUAUGACCCCGUGGAGCAGAGCUUGACUUCGGGUCACACUCAGGCUUUAUACAGCCGUUCGACAGCGGAGAGGCAGAGACCUGCAGUGGAGUCUUCAAGACGGGCAGCAGACACUUACAGGUCAUCUGACAUCCCCAGAGGUCAAGACAGGUCAGAGCGCGGCUACAGGACUUCAGCAGAGAGCAGCAGGGAAUUGUCCCGUAAACGUAAGGCGCCAGUGGCCAGUUCUGUGGUUCGGGUUCACAAAGGUCAUGAACGUGGACUGGAGAUUGAAGAUCUAGAGGAGGAGGAGGAAGAUGAAGACUAUGGUCUUGCCAGCAAAGUGUCGCUGCCAUCAAAACCUGAGCGCAAGCCUACCCUUCCACCAGCAAAACAAGCCAACAAAAAUCUGAUCCUCAAAGCGAUCUCAGAAGCUCAGGAAUCCAUCAACAAGACUACUUCACAAUACACAGUUCCCCAGCGUCAGACAGUUCCUGUAGCACCACGAACACGCUCAGCAUCUGACGAGAUGAGUAACGCUGCAAUCCGGUUGGUCCAGGAGCACCUGCACGCGCUCACACCACAGGACACGCUGCACAACACACAAUCCAGAGGUUUAGCUUCACGUCUACAGUUGGAGGUUCCAGAGGAGGACAGUCGAGAACCGCAAUAUGAGCUGCAGGUUCUAGAGGCGGCGAGACUUAAGGCUCUGGACACGCGUUCAUUCAUCAUGAGGCAGCCAGAAGUUGAACAGCCUCCACCAAUCAGGAGCAGGCUCAGUGCUGUCAAUCAAAACGAAGACACACCCACAACAUCCCGAAUGGUGCAGGCCAGAGAGAGAGCAGAGGCAGUCGGAGGAUCAAGCCCAAAGUUUAUCGUGACAUUAGAUGGAGUUCCCAGUCCAUUAGCAAACCGCACAGAUCAGGAGAUGGAGACUGAGGACGAGCUCAACACCACUGCUGACCUCACAGAAAACAACAACAACACCACCACCACAUCCAAACCUGCCAUCCACCUCAGACUCGGCACUGACUUUAGAAAUGCUUGUGAUGAGGAGGUGGAGGAGAUGGAUGUCGAGGCAGUUCAAGCUAAACGACAGAAACUUCCUGAACGCUGCAAGUUUUGGCCCACAUGCAAGAGUGGAGACGAGUGUUUAUACCAUCAUCCAAACACACAGUGCAAAAUUUUUCCCAACUGUAAAUUUGCAGACAAGUGUCUGUUCAUUCAUCCCAACUGUAAGUUUGAUGCAAAGUGCACCAAAGCAGACUGUCCAUUCACACACGUCAGCCGAAGACUCAACAGUAACCCCACAAGAGCAGCCCCGGCUCUGACUAGCACUGUGUGCCGUUUCUUCCCAGACUGUAAAAAGGUGGACUGUGCUUUCUACCACCCUAAACCGUGUAGAUUUGCAGCGCAGUGUAAGCGAGCGGACUGCACUUUCUAUCAUCCAGCUGUAGCCGUGCCGCCCAGGAGUGCUCUGAAAUGGACCAAAACGCAGAGCAGUUGAGAAACACUCCAGCGACUGAUCUGCAGAGAUUUUACGGUUCGUGCAGAGCUUCCCGUAUCUUUCCUGACAUCAUUUUUGCUUAAGUGUUUGAUUUUUAUUUUUAAAAACAUCUUGGGUUUUUUUAAAUCGUAACUUUCUGUAAACUGUUUCCAGAAUAUAUUUGGUGUAUUAAAUGACACACACAGAA